CCGCAGCCUGAUGCUCUAAAUACGUGGUCGAGGUGCGGGGAGGUCUUUCACACAUAGAAGGGAAGAAGAUAGCGGUCCUCGAAGAGGAAAGAAAGAGGAUCGGCGGAAGAGAAAGGAUUAGCGUGCUAGAAAAGGAAAUGCGUGGAAGGAAAUACUGCAAGGAACGAAUCUCGCUACCUCAGUAAUCUCCUAAAGAUCACCGGAAACGACCGUAGAAGAAGAAGAUUAGGGUGGUAAAGAAAGAGUCAGCAGCGAAAAGGGGAAGAGGAGUAACAGGAAGCGGAUCAUCGCAUUAGAGGAGCAAACAAGAAAUGGAAAGAGAAUCCCGCGGACGGGUCUCUUUUCUGUUAGUCUGCUAACCCUCGGUUGGAUCCAGGUAUUGAAACCCUAGCUUUGAUUUCUGUUUGUUUUUUGGCUGGUUUGUCAUCAGAAGAGAUGGAUGCGCUUGGCUUGCUUAUUUUUCGGCUGAUGGAAAAGUUUAGUGUUCUGCCAUUCCGAUCACAGGGGAUCCACUGGUUUUACUGCGGAGAUUGGUCUCCUUUCGCGAUCUGGGGUUGGUUUUGUAAAUGAAAAAAAUGAAGAUGGAAACACAGGUGUUAGGGUUUGUUUUUCUUUCUCGGAGAGGGAGGCCUUGGUCCAUGGUCUUUAGAUCUAUUCCUUGUGUUAGCGGCUGUAAGUUUGGCUAAGAAAGUUCAAGGUUCCGGCGACAGAGACUCAUCUGUUUUAUCUUGGGCGAAGCUGUAUUUGGAUUUGAUAUUGCUUAUGCCAGGGAUUUAGGGUUAGGUGCAGGAUCUGGUCAGGAAUGAUGAACGAAGAACCUGUAUUGGUGUACUUCUUUUGAUUUCUCUGCCGCAGAUUGGCGCCAUCCGCCUCCCUUUAUGCAGUUGAGCAUGAUGCACUCCUUACUUGUCAUGGGACUUCCUGCUUGUUUUUUAGAUAAUAGCUUUUGAUGAUUGAUGGCUUCUCCGAGAGAUAACUGUCUGGGUCUUUUUUCCGUUGCUUCUACAAGGGAUCUUUUGUUGAUGUCAUGAUAUGCUUCUAGCUCUUGACGAUAUCUUCCCUUCAAUUUGAAUAUAGAUUCAUCUGGUUUCGGGCAAGUCUGUUGUCCGGAUAAAUCAUAAACUAUCUAUAUCAAAAUGUUUUUGAGGUUUUAUGAUUAAACCGGCUUAUGGAAUUUUGAUGAUUGCUGCAACUUGGAAUCUCGCUUCUCCUUUUAGUCCAACAAAGGAACAUAAUCAUUCGAGAUUUUGGCGAUGUAUUUGUUACAACCCUUUAUUGUUCUGUUAGAAACAUGAUACGAUAUUUCAGUCAAUGAUUCAAUUUUGUACCUGCAACAAGAGGAUUGCCUCCCCUCUUGAGAUUCCAGAGGGCCAAGAAAAUCCAAAAUCUUGCAAGAGCUGUGGUGGAAUUAUAUCAGUUGGUAAACUUGGUGGCUUAUCAAGAAGGACCUGGAGCACUAUGGGACCAGAGUUUUCUGGAGUGAUUGAUCCUCAGUUGAAAUGGAAGACUUCUUCAAAUGGUAAGCACAGGGCCUUAAGGAGAGCACGAACUUUUACUCAGGAUAAUGGAAGGAAAUUCACUGCCAAGAAUAAGGAAGAUAUUAAAGAUUUUUUUGAUGAAGCUUCGAAGAAAAAAGAGGACAUGCUGGUCUUGGAGUCUGAGAAGUUAGGUGUUAGUGUUCUUGGUCAGCGCUUCAGUGAUAACUUAGAAAGUGUUCCAAUAAAGAAAAGGAGAUUUUCGUUACUUCCUCAGUCAACAUCACAUAUACUAUCAUCAUCUGGCUUUCAUGAUCAUAGUCAUGGAAGACGCCUUGCUUUAUUCCAAAAUAACCAAGUGUCUCUUAAACAAGAUGAGUUUGGCGUAUAUUCUUCCAAAAGUUCUGCUGAUAAGAAAACGAGCUUGGAGGACAUUGAUGAGCAUUUAGAUGAUUCUGCAGAUUUUUCUGGUAUUUCUAUCUUGGCAGCAGCUGCUUGUUAUAGUAGCAUAGAGAAUGGAUUAAUGGAUGGAAAGGGCCCAACAGUUAAAGGGCAUUCAUUUGAGGAAAACCCCUCAUCAUUAAGGUUUUCAGAAUCACUUGAAGGUAAGGGCCACCCAUCCCAACCUGAACUUGGAAGCAUACCAAAACCGUCAGUGGUAACUUCUGUUGCAGGGGAAGCAUUUGAUAGGGAAACAGGUCAAGUAAAGUUUGAUGGAUGUAAGGAAGAGCAUUCUCUUGGUUCCUUGCAGAAAUUUUCAAGGAAAAGGAAUUCAGUGCCCUCUCUUGAUGAUAGGCUACAUUGGGAUCUCAAUACGGUAAUGGAUGUAUGGGAAAGCAAUGAUAGUCAUGACAUCGAACAUAGAUGUCAAGGACUUGGUGAGGAUGAAGCUGGUUUUGGAAUUGACAAAGUUGGAUUGAAAGCUGCUGAUAAUCAAAAUAUUUCAUAUUGUUUCGAGAAGAUGGAUGGAAAACAUGCUAAUGCUGUGGCAGAUUGUGACGAAGAAAAAGUUGGCUCACCCGAAACUCAAGGCUGUGAACCUUUGCCAGAACAGUGCCAUUUUAAGGGUGCUAAAGUCACGGUGGAAAAUGCUCCUGAGAAAACAAAUCCUGCGGGUGGUGGCGAGAAGAGUUGCGUUUUUACUAGAAAUACUUAUCCCAUUGAAGGUAUUGCACAAUCAGAUAAGGUCCUCUCCACAAAGGUGGUUGAUGUGUCUGACAAAGAUAAGUAUGAAACUGAUAAUGUAAACUUUAGUGUGGAAGUGGACACUCAUAAUAGUCUCCCUUCUCUGAUUAGUGCUGGGAAUACUACUCUUGGCCUAACGAUGAAUGCCUCUGAUCCAUUUUCUGAGGACAAAAAUGUCAAUGAAUUGUUCCAUGGUGAUAGCUUAUCCAUUGCUACCUUAGAUAGUUGUAAUGAUCAUUCUGGGGAAUGUCACCCAGCUUAUCUUGGGAAAAGUAAUCAGCUGAGGAGCCCUCCUGCUGAGAAGCAUCAGUCUGUAUUAGCUGAUGUAGUCAGUAUUACUUCACAAAAAUCACCUGCUGGACAACUUGAUCAGAGCACUUCUGGAAUUAUAAUUCAUGGAGAUGAAAAGAUUUCUCAGGUAUCACUUGAUGGAAGCAGUUCCAAGAGCAUGACGACUUAUGGCGUCCUGGCAGAUGAGACUGCAUAUAUUGAUGAAUUUGGAAAAGCCUAUGCUAAUUCAAAUCAAUCAAUUGUACAUUUCAACUUCAGAGGGAUAUCUGAUAACGAGCUCCUUCUGCCAAGAAAUACAUGCAGCAAUCAAUAUAAAGAAAGUUCUACUGAUUUGAAGGUUGAUGAAUGUAAAUCUAGUAUUUUGAGUGGUGAAUGUUUGAAUGCUAGCACAGCUGUUCCAAUUCAGACUUCUCCGAAGUUUCCCAAUUCUAUUUCAGAAGUUUCAAUGCUGGAAAGAAAUGACAUUCCGUUAGCUGAUGAUAUAGUGAUUUCUCAUGAGGAAUACAGAACACCUGUAGAUGGUCAUGUGAGGAGCUCAGUUAAGGAUUCAUUAGAGGAGCAUUUUGAUUCAGGCCAUUUUUCAGAUCCUUGUCCAGUUGACACUGAUCAUGCUAUUGGAUUGGAGAAGUUUGAGUUCCUUGGAGAAGAUGAUUCUCAGUAUGAAGAUGGAGAAUUGAGAGAAUCUGUUCUGAAUAGCUGGGGAGAAGAUGGAGUUGAGGAAUUGGAAACUGAGCAUGUGGACUAUGGGUCUGACUGCAGAGAAGCAGAUUUUUUUGAAGCUGAUUCUGAUUUUUGUUCUCAAUCUGAUUUGGUUGUUGUAACUACAGAAUGUAAACAUGAAGGGAAGCUGGUUUCUACUUUUAGUGAUGGAGAUAAAUUAAGGGUUACAGAGGAUGAGUUACAGCCCAAAUGUUUCCAAAAACACUCUUUGGUAAAAGAUGCUUCAAAUGUCAGUUAUGGCGAGGGAGAUGCGAGGGAAAAUCUGGAUGUAACUGAUGCGAGUGAAUUGCCUGCAACAGGUGAAAACAGAUUGCUUAAAUCGAAUAUACCCACUGACAGAAGUGAUGAUCCUGGGAAAUCAAGUCAACCAGAGAGUUCUAGAAUGAAGUCUUCAGGAUGGGACAAAUUGCCUAGAAGAGAAGUUGCUGCUGUCGAUUCUCCUUGGAAUCACGACAGUGCUUCUGUCACAGCAUCUGUUAAUGGUGAAUACGCAAGAAAAAAGGCUGUUUCAUCGCUCAAAAGGGAUUCAUAUUCAAGAUUAGAAAGAUCAAAGUCUUCCGAAGCAUCAUGUAGAAAGGAAGUGUCUUAUACUAUGGAAAACAAGAAACUUGACCACUUUGAUUUAAAUGCUGAAAGGAGUACUAAUGGAAGCCGAUCAAUCGGAAGGAACAAGCUACCUUUCCGUUCACAUGAUAGAGGCAGGGUUGAAUAUUGGGUGGGCUCUCCAGAUCAUCAUGGCAGUUGUCGUUUUGAUACAUCUGGCUAUUAUUCAUCACCCAAUUUUGCACCCAGCGGUGCAAGAAAUGCAGCUGCAGCUGCUGUUGCAAAGGUGGAAAGCAAUGGCUUCGUUGUUGCACCUGAUGGCACAAUUGUUAGAGCUGGUAGUAUGGGCUCUGGACCCAAUUUAUCAAGUCGUUCAAUAAAUUCUUCCUCUCAUUUGCAAUCUACUAGAAGGGGAUCCACUAUGGAGAGUGAUGGAGCAUUUGACAUGUCUUCUGAGCCAAGCAAUUCUACUAGAGAAGUUAGCCCUGACAGAUUCUUUAAUGUUGGUAGGGGAAGGCCUAGUAGACAUGGCUCUAGGCUUAUCAGCCUUGGCCAUAGAAAUAUGUAUCAAGGUCCUAUACCAUUGCAGCCGCCUUCAUCUAGGAGGCAGCAGAGUUUUUCUCCCCACAGAAGAAGACCCAUACAUUUCUCACGUGAGCAUACAAGAUCGCCAUCAAGGUCUAAAACCCGGUCCCCCCAUACUUGGACAUCUCCAAGAGGAAGAGACAAUGGCCGCAUAAGUGGUGUUCAUGAUACAAGGAGACAAAGUAGGUCUCCUCAAAGAAGGAUGCCGAGACAGAGGUCGCUGCCGCGCCAAGGCAUUCUUGCCGAAGAGUUGGCUUCGUAUUCCCCUUCGUCGAGAGGUCAUUCAAGAUGGUUUGACAGUGAGAGGAUCUUACAAGGGCAACCUAGAUGUCCAACAGGGAGAAGCUCGCCUGCUAGAAUUUUUUCACAGAGCGAUAGAUUUGAUCACAUUGAUUCCCGUGGAAGGGCGAAGCCAGAUGAAUACUAUCAACCAGUUUAUUCUGAAAGGUUUCAUGAAUAUGAUGGCUAUGGCAGAGAUGAUGGCAGUAAGGGGAGAAGUAAUAGAUAUGAAUUGCUCCAUUCUGAAGGACAUGGCAAUAUGAAAUGCUUUGGUUAUGGUGAAAAUGGCAUAAGGGCUCACAGCCUUCAUCGAAAGGCCUCAGGGUUUCAGCGGAGGGAGAGUACAGUUAUAUUUGAUAGGAGCAUUGAUGCUCAACGGAAAGAUCCACAUCGAAGAAUCAAAGGAGAGAUGGUCCAUUUCAGACGUGGUAGAGAUGUAAAGUUGAACACUGAGUUCAACUCAUUUGAGGUUGAAGAUAGCAGCAAUGAUAUGGCCUUGCAGAGAAGACCUUCCUGACUGGUUGUUUCUAUCAAUUUCCUUUUUCAAUUGGACGGAGAUGCUGUACCCAGUUAUUAUUUUUGUGAUGGGAAGAAAGCGUCUUAAUCUUGCGGUUUAUCCCAUUUUAAGCCACUUGUAAAAAGUCUACAUCGUGAUUAGGAUUUUAAAUUUUCCUUUUUUUUUUUCUUACCUCGCCUUUUUGUCUUGUUUUUUUCUUUCCAAGGCAGUAGUAAGAUAGAGUCUUUAUGAGGCCCAUCAAGAAGUGAUUAAUUAAUGAAAUUGAUGAUUUGGUCUCUCUGGACUUUGGUUGUGGAGUCUGAUGAUGUGCAGAAUGAAGAAAUGCCAAUCAAAUGUGUAGGAAACUAUGAUCGAAUCGAUCGAAGCAUCCAGGAACGUUCAUAACA